UACGGAAAGAGUCUGAUGCAAUCCCCCUUUGUCCUUUUUCAGGUCUCCUUUUUGUCAGUCAAUCUUCGUGCCGCUUUUGCAAGCAAAGAAGUUCCGUUUCGCUUUGAUGACCCAGCGAGAGUGUUCAUCGCCUCUUCCGGGAUCCCCUCCGUCUCCUUCAGCAUCAACAACGGCGGAGACUCCUACCCCUACCCCUAUUUCGGCACAGCGGAGGACAAUCCCGGCAACCUGCUCAUGGCCUUUGGCAGCAGCGCCCCCCUGAUGGAAAAGGCAGUCCGGUUGGCCGCCGAAAUAGCCGGCCGGAUGGCCCUCAGGUUGACUCACGAUCAUGAGCUCUACCUGGAUUACAACAGCUACGACAGCCGGCUGCAAAAUUUCAUCAUGCGCCUGCUCCCUUACCAGAAGGAAAUGAAGGUAAGGGCGCGCGGGGGGACGGUUCAUUAAAUCCAACCGACGGCA